GGGGGUCAUAGGUAAAAUUCACAGGCAUGGAAUAGAAACAAAGAAAACCCACUUAUUACUCACUCUCCCACACACAUCAUGCAGUCACAGAUCUCUAUUCUCUGCCAAAGUGAAAAGCUUUGCAAGUAACUAAAACCACACAACACCUAAAUCCGGAAAAAAGAUCACAUCUUUGCAUCUUCCAUGACUUGGGGUAAGGUAAGGUUUGUUUGUCUCUGAGUAAACCAGACAAUACCUUUCCUCACAGGACACACUCUUCUCUUCAACACUUAUCACUUCAAACGCACACACAUAUUGACAGCUACCCCAUCCUUUCUCUGUUACAUCUCUUUCUGCCAGCUCUUCCCUUUUGGAUCCUAUCAAAAUGUCAUUGCUUUGCAAGCCAAGUUCUUUUGUUGGUCCCGGAGUAAAUCAGUGAUUUUUCAUUACUUCCCUUGAAAAAAAAAAAAAACUUGAGGGUAAGUGUUGAAAGAGAGUGAAUAGCAGUUCUCUUUAGUGCUGUCUGCAUUUGUGUGUGUGUGUGUGUUUUUUUUUUGUACUUUUGUGUACUGCUCCUUCAACCUUUGUGUUUGCAUUCUUCCUGAAAGAUGAAGAAGAAUGGAUGGCAGCUACCUUACCAUCCUCUCCAGGUGGUGGCCAUUGCUGUAUUUUUGGCUCUGGGAUUUGCAUUCUAUGUGUUCUUUGCUCCUUUUGUUGGGAAGAAGAUGUAUCAGUAUAUUGCCAUGGGCCUCUACACACCCCUGAUUACUUGUGUCUUUGGACUGUACAUUUGGUGCGCAGCAGCUGAUCCAGCAGAUCCAGGGGUUUUUAAGUCCAAAAAGUAUCUUAAAAUUCCAGAUAGCAAAAAGCUUGAUGGACUCAAGGAUUCUAAACCAGGAGGGGAAUCUACUUCGUCAAUGCAUGAUGGAAAUGCUUCAACAGUUGGACCAAAAUCUGUGGAUAAGGAAGCAUUAGGAACAGAAGCAAAUCUAGAAGAUGCUGCUAUUUCAAUAGAGAUGAAGAGUGCAUCAUCACCUUCUUCAUCCUGUUUCCUAUUGGUUUGCUCCCCUUGUGCUUAUAUCUGCAGCUGCUCUAGUUCAAGGGAAGAAUCUUCUGAUAAACAAACAAGUGAAGAUGGCAUGUUCUAUUGCAGUUUGUGUGAAGUUGAGGUCUUCAAGUACAGCAAGCACUGUAGAGUUUGUGACAAGUGUGUUGAUCGCUUUGAUCAUCAUUGCAGAUGGCUUAACAAUUGUAUUGGGAAAAAAAACUACCGAAAAUUUUUCACCCUCAUGGUUUCUGCUCUCCUCUUGCUUAUUCUUCAAUGGUUGACUGGGAUCCUUGUGCUUAUCUGCUGUUUUGUUGAGAGGAAGCAAUUUUCUAUCGAUGUUUCCUCCAAGUUGGGAAGCAGUUUCUCUCUGGUCCCCUUUGUUAUUGUCGUGGCAGUCUGCACCAUUUUGGCUAUGAUUGCUACCUUACCCCUUGCUCAGCUUUUCUUCUUUCAUAUUCUUCUCAUUAAAAAGGGAAUCAGCACUUAUGAUUACAUCAUAGCUUUGAGGGAGCAGGAUCUGCAAGGAGUUGGAGGUCAGCAGAGUGACCAAAUGUCGCCUGUUAGCUCACUUACUGGAUUGAGCAGUGCAAGCUCCUUUACUACAUUCCAUCGUGGUGCGUGGUGCACACCCCCACGCCUGUUUCUCGAAGAUCAGUUUGAUGUAGUGCCCCCAGAAACUGCCUCUGUAAGUUCACUGGGAAAGAAGACAAUGAGAGAAGAGCCAGUUAAGAAAAAGAAUUCUGGAGCAGUCAAAAUUAGUCCAUGGACAUUGGCACGAUUAAAUGCAGAAGAGGUUUCCAAGGCUGCUGCAGAAGCAAGAAAAAAAUCUAAAAUUCUGCAGCCAGUGACAAGACAUAAUAAUGAGGCCUUUCGGCUAGAACCAGACCAGAACCCUGGCAACAGUGGUCGACGAAUGGCCCCUAGAAUCGAGUACAACAGAAGGCGUGCAGGUAAACGGGUUCGCUUGCCUGCUGACUUACCAAUGGAGGCCCUUACUAGAUUUUCUGCCAGUAAUAUUGAUAAAGGCUUCAGUGGAAUAUCAAGUUUAGCGCCUCUCCAGCUCGAAGCUCGGAGCGCAUUUCAAACAAGUCAAGCUGUGUCAAGCUCAGUUGGGAUUGUUGCUUCUUCUCCUGAAAGCAGUUUAGACUCGCCAGAUAUUCAUCCAUUUCGUGUGUCUUCGACAGAAGCUGAAGAAGCAAGAAGGCUUGCAGGUCUUUCUGCUUCUGGUGUUGCAACUCUGAAGGGAAUACCACUUUCAAGGUCAACUAGUGAUGGCUAUGAGGCCUCUGGUGGGGAAGAUAGUGACAGGGUUCCCACCAGGAUUGUUCAGAGAUCUACAAAUUGGACUAAUCUUCUUUUCAAUGCUGAUCAGGAUGAUAGAGCUUUUGAGCCUAAAUCAUCAUCCAGCCUGGUUCAUAAUAGAAUGUUGUGAACAAUUUGGGUGUUAUUAAAUUGGAUAACUAUCUUUCAGAUUAUAUUGAUGGGAAUUGUUCAUUCUUUGAUUUGUGAGCCCAAAAGGUACUUCAACAUCCCUUAACCCUCACCUUCUUGAGGAUGAGUUGAUGUUCCUCAAAAGUUUUGAAAGUUAGGGUAAGUGGGAACCCUUGUACAAAAUUUUAGGUCACAUUAACAAGUGAUAA